GAGAUGGCACUCCAAAACGAAAGCGAAAUUGAAGUCUGCAACUCCUUUUUGAAUCGCCAUCGGCUUCGAUCCAGUUGCCAAAACCUAUUUUGAUUUCCAUCACGUCCAUUCUCCCCUUUUUCUAACCCUCUCCACUCUCCUACUACUCCAUUCUUGCAUUUUUCAAUGGCUGAUAAAUCAACCGUCAUCGACUCCAAUCUUCUUGUUGCCAAAGCCCUAGCACGCGCCGGCAUCGACCGCAUGUUCGGCGUCGUCGGCAUACCUGUUACUUCCUUAGCCAACCGCGCCGUCGCCUUAGGAAUCAGAUUCAUCGCUUUCCACAACGAGCAGUCGGCGGGGUACGCCGCAUCAGCCUACGGAUACCUUACUGGUCUUCCCGGCAUCCUCCUCACCGUAUCCGGUCCCGGAUGUGUUCACGGCCUUGCGGGACUCUCCAACGCUGCCGUCAACGGCUGGCCCAUGGUCAUGAUUUCUGGAUCCUGCGAUCAGAAGGAUUUCGGUCGAGGUGAUUUCCAGGAGCUCGAUCAGAUCGCUGCGGUAAAACCCUUUGUUAAAUUUUCAGUUAAAGCAAAAGAUAUCAAGGAAAUCCCCAAUUCCGUUUUUAGUGUUAUUGAUCAUGCUAGAUCAGGUCGGCCUGGUGGGUGCUACUUAGAUAUCCCUUCCGAUGUGCUUCACCAAACUGUUACUGAAUCAGAAGCAAAUAAGUUGCUCGAUGAUGCAGAGAGCAGUAGAAAGAUAGAGUCAGUUAAGAGUGUAUCAAUUGAUGAAAUUGCUAAAGCCAUAUCUUUAAUUAGGAAAGCUGAGAGACCCUUGAUUGUGUUUGGUAAAGGGGCAGCCAUAGCUAGGGCUGAGGGAGAACUCAAGGAGUUGGUUGAAAAGACUGGAAUUCCAUUCUUGCCAACUCCAAUGGGUAAGGGUUUGUUGCCAGAUUCCCAUGAAUUAGCAGCUACAGCUGCUCGUUCCCUUGCCAUCGGUAAAUGCGAUGUUGCUAUCAUUGUUGGUGCUCGAUUGAAUUGGUUGUUGCACUUUGGAGAGCCUCCAAAGUGGUCCAAAGAUGUUAAAUUUAUCUUGGUUGAUAUAGAUGAAGGAGAGAUUGAGCUUCGAAAGCCCUAUUUAGGAUUGGUUGGGGAUGCAAAAAGGACUCUUAAAGUACUGAAUAAGGAGAUCAAAGACGACCCUUUUUGUUUGGGGCGGUCUCAUCCUUGGGUUGAAGCCAUAACCAAUAAGACGAAGGAAAAUGUGUUGAGGAUGGAGGCUCAGUUAGCCAAAGAUGUGGUGCCUUUUAAUUUCUUGACCCCAAUGAGGAUCAUCAGAGAUGCAAUAAGUGCGUUAGGUAGUCCUGCUCCUAUAUUGGUCUCAGAAGGGGCUAACACGAUGGAUGUUGGUCGGUCUGUUUUGGUUCAAAUGGAGCCGAGGACCAGGUUAGAUGCAGGGACAUGGGGAACAAUGGGAGUUGGUUUGGGUUACUGCAUUGCUGCAGCCGUGGCUUCACCGGAUCGGCUUGUGGUUGCUGUUGAAGGGGACUCUGGGUUCGGGUUCAGUGCCAUGGAAGUCGAGACUUUGGUUCGGUAUCAGUUGGCUGUAGUGGUGAUAGUAUUCAACAAUGGUGGUGUUUAUGGUGGUGACCGAAGAAGCGCUGAAGACAUCACGGGGCCUUUCAAAGACGAUCCAGCGCCUACGUCAUUUGUGCCUGGCGCAGCAUACCAUGUUCUAAUCGAAGCUUUUGGUGGAAAAGGGUAUCUUGUUGGGACUCCUGAUGAGCUUAAAUCGGCUCUCACUGAAUCGUUCUCUGCACGAAAGCCUGCGGUGAUAAAUGUGACGAUUGAUCCAUAUGCGGGUGCUGAAAGUGGUCGGAUGCAACACAAGAACUGAGUUAUGUAAGUUCUCAUAUGCCAUACAUGUGGAAGAAGUAGGAAUAAAAAUUGAAAUGAAGCACACACUUUGUAAUGUUUUUUAGUUUGAAAAUUUGAAAGGGAGCAGAUUGUGAUAUUAGACAGAAUAUAUAUGUUGAAGAAGUGUGAUUUGCCACUAAUAUGAUCAUUUAUAUCAAAGGAGUGUAUUGUUUGCGCA